CAUCUGGUAGUGCUCUUUUAUUAUCAUUUCCCUUUCCGGCAGUUUUAUUUAAUUUUGCCACCUCCUGCUUUAUCAAGUUUGUAGAUGCGAGUGUGCGAAAAAGAACCUUGAACAUACGUACUUAAUUUUAUAAAAUUAAAUUAGUUAUCUAAUUUGUCUUAUCAAUCCUCAUUACAACCAAAGUAAUAAUAUAAAAUAUAGCCAUCCUUGAUGAUAAUGUUUAGAUAUUACUAAUGAUCAUGCAUACUUUAAUCAUCUAGUUUAACAUAACCAAGAUUAGUAGUGGAAAAUUACUAUCUAUCCAAGAGAAAAAUGGAAAGUUUGUGUUUACUUGUCUCUGCAACAGUUUUCUUGUCUAUUGCAACUUUUCUUCUUUGCACUAAUAGUACCAAGUUCUUCAGAAAAAAUAAUGGCAGUACUAGACCAUCACCAUCAUCAUCGGAAAUACAACUUCCAUUAGGUACUCUAGGAUGGCCUUUCAUCGGCGAAACUAUAGAGUUCAUCUCCUGUGCUUACUCCGGUUCUCCGGAAAGAUUCAUGGAUAAACGUCGUUGCCUGUACGGGAAUGUGUUCAAAUCACACCUGUUUGGAAGCCAAACAAUCGUGUCAACUGAUGCAGAAGUAAAUAAACAUGUUCUCGACUCGAAAACUUUCAUACCAGCUUAUCCAAGAUCACUUACUGAGUUAAUGGGAGAGUCAUCAAUUCUAGUCACAAAUGGAAAUUUACACAAGAAACUCCAUGGUCUUAUUGGGGCUUUCCUUAAAUUUCCACAACUUAAGGCUCAAAUUACACGAGACAUGCAAAAGUACGUUCACGAGACUAUGAGCCAUUGGAAAGAUGAUCAGCUUAUCUACAUUCAGGAUGUCUCCAAAAAUAUUGCAUUCAAAGUGCUAGUCAAAGUAUUGAUUGGUCUAGACCCAGGGGAAGAAGUGAAAUUUUUAAACCAACAGUUUCAUGAAUUUAAUGCUGGGAUUAUAUCUUUACCAAUAAAGAUACCUGGGAGUAGAUUAUAUCGAUCAUUACAGGCAAAGAAAAGAAUGAUGAAGGUCAUAGAGAAAAUUAUCCAAGAAAAGCAAAAACACAACAGCAACGAAAUUCCAAAAGACGUUAUCGAUGUGUUACUAAAUGACCCAAAUGAACAAUUAACACCGGGUUUCAUUUCAAGCAAUAUGGUUGAUUUUAUGAUCCCAGGGGAAGAUUCUGUGCCCGUCCUUAUAACAUUGGUCGUGAAAUUCCUUAGCGAGUGUCCCCAAGCUCUCGAACAAAUGUUGGAGGAGAAUAUGAACUUGAAAACACUCAAAGAUCAGAAGGGAGAACUUUUGUGUUGGAGUGACUAUAUGUCUCUACCAUUUACGCAAGAUGUGAUUUCGGAGGCACUAAGAUUAGGAAACAUUAUAGGAGGAGUCAUGCGCAAGGCCACUAAAGAUGUGCAAAUAAAAGGUUACUUAAUUCCAGAAGGAUGGUGUGUGUUUGCAUACUUUUUAUCGGUCCAUCUUGACGAUAAACUUUACGAAGAAUCUCAUCGAUUUAACCCCUGGAGAUGGCAGGACAACAAUAUAGGCACUUGUAAUUUUACUCCUUUUGGUGGUGGCCAAAGAUUGUGUCCGGGUCUUGAAUUGGCAAGGCUUGAAACUUCAAUAUUUCUCCAUCAUUUUAUAACUCAAUUCAGUUGGGUGGCUGAGGAGGAUGCAAUUAUCCACUUCCCAACAGCAAGAUUGAAAAGAAGAAUGCCUGUUUGCGUCAAAAGAAGAUGAAAAUUAUCACACUUGAUCGAGGUAAACUCCAGUCAAGUUCUUCAGCUGUGGUCUGAGACCAGUUCCGUUCGAUCCAACUGCAGUAUAACUGCUCCUUGGUGUUGUAGAAAUCAGUACCAGAAUAAUGUUGACUCCCAAAAGUGUGAUACUUGCAUGUAUCGAGGGAAUCAUACACAAUGUCUUCGCCAUGGAACCUUGGGAAGUAUAUUUUAUUCGCCAUCCGACUAUUCGGAGCGAUUGCUGAGAGGCUAGAGGUAUUGCUGAUGAACAACAUAUACUUUCCUAAACUUUCAACCUUAACCCAAA